GGGUUUUCUAAUUAAAUGUAUUCAGGAUUAUUUUAUAACAUAAUACAUAAUGUAUUUAUUGUUUCAGCCGCCCCUGAAAAUCCGCAGAGGAUUGUUGGUGGAUCGCUGACCACUAUCAAUCAGUACCCUACGAUAGCUUCUCUCCUCUUUUCUUGGACCUCAUGGGGUACCCACAGCCAGGCUUGCGGCGGCACCAUCCUCAACAAUAAGUCUAUCCUCACUGCUGCCCACUGCACCGCAGGUGACUCUGCUGCUCAAUGGAAGGUCCGCGUUGGUUCUACCUUCGCUAACAGCGGAGGCGUUGUUCACAACACUCAACAAAUUAUCAACCACCCCAACUACACCCCAAGCACUUUCAACAACGACAUCUCCAUCAUCAGAAUUGCCUCCACGAUCUCGUUCAACAACAACGUGAAAGCUGCUCCCAUUGCCGGCUCCAACUACAACCUCGCUAACAACCAGGUCGUCUGGGCUGCUGGAUGGGGAACAACUUCUUCUGGUGGUCCUUCUUCUGAGCAACUCCGUCACGUACAGAUCUGGACUAUCGCCCAGAACACUUGCGCUCAGCGUUACGCUGAAGUCGGCAUGUCCAUCACCAAUAACAUGUUGUGCUCCGGCUGGCUCGACGUCGGCGGUCGCGACCAGUGCCAGGGAGACUCCGGUGGUCCUCUCUACCACAACGGUGUCGUUGUUGGUGUUUGCUCUUUCGGUUGGGGAUGUGCUCAGGCUCGUUACCCAGGUGUCAACGCCCGUGUGUCCAGCUUUACUUCUUGGAUCCAAAGCAACGCCUAAAUGUAAUAAAUCUAC